UCAAAAACAAUUUGUCGAUUAACAGAUUGAUAGAUCUGCGGAUGAAGAACAACGAUCUCACGAAUAAGCUUACACAAGCUAGCGAAACCAUCUCGAGGAACGCCGAAAUUAUAGCGGACCUGCGAUCGAAGGACGAGAAAACCAGAACGGCUUUAACGGACAAGAGUGUCAAGUACGACACCAUAAUAACGCAGAAGCACAGCGAUAUCGUGAAGCUGCAGGAGGAGAAUCAAUCGCUGCGCGAUCAGCUGAGAGAAGCCGGAAUUAAGCUCGCUCGCAGUAAUGAUACGAUUUCAUUACUUAGGAGAGAGAGCGACAAUAUAGCCGCGAUAAGUGCUCUGCAAGCGAAUCUGUCGGGUUUAGACACUGAUAAGGAGAGACUGCUGGCAAAAGUGGACUAUCUGAAAAGCGAAAUAGCGGAUUAUCGGGGUGUCACGGCGAACGUCGAGAAGGGAUUACAAGCGUUGUCGUGUAGAAACGAGACAUUAAAGACGGAUAUCGAAACUGUAAGAAGUACCAAUCAUCAAUUAUUAUACGCUGAAGAAGGCACGAUCAAACAAUCCUUGAAGGAUGCGCUGUACACGCUUCCUGGAAGAAUUUACGAGAGAAUUGUGCGCCUUGGAGCAGAAAUUAAAGCGCACAAUGAAAAGACGGAGAGCGCUGUAUCGUGUCAAAGUAAAGAAACUCCCGGGCAUCGAAACAAAGAAAAGCGGGAUAAGUUUUGUCAACAAGAUGUGGAACUUUGCGAGAUAAGCACGCGUGAUAAAUUAGAUUCAUUUGUUCAAGAAAUAGAUUGUGAUUCUGAAAACGCCGCGAACAAGUCAAGAUUCCUCGAAAGACAGUACGAGGAAAAGCAGCAGGAAAUUAAAAACUUGAUGGAUGACGUAAAACUGAGAGAUUACGAAAUAAAGAAUCUGCAGGAGUGCAUCACUCACUUGUUGCGGGAGAAGAAUGAUCUACAAGAUAAAAUUAAACGCCAAGUAAAGGAAUACCAGAGCAAAUUGAUGAUAUUGAAGAAAAAAUACGACGGUAGCUUAAACGCUUUGCGUAAGAGACACAAUGAAAACGUAGAAAGAUUACAAACGAGAUUCGAGGAUAUUAUGAAAGUCGAGAAAGGCCCGUUCGACGCGGAAAGUUGGUUGCGGUCGCUGAACUUGAAGGAACUGACGGAACUACAUAACCGAAUCAAUAUUCUGAGCUCGCACGCAGCUGAGAAUGGUGAAUCAGAUAUUACACACACCGAAGCGAGGAAUCACCGUAGUGCUCGCAGUAAUUCCGAAGAGCAUAGGUUGCACGAUAAAUUCACUUUGCAUAAGCAGUAUACGAGUAAAAGUAGGACGUGUUUAAAUAGAAAAGCGAGUAACAGGGAAUCCACCAUCCAAAUUCGCAGCGCUGAAAAUAAUGAGAAGGUUGUAACGGAAUUAUAUUCUCGCGAUUUAAGACUCAAGCAGAAAAAUAGGGUUUCCGACGACGGCAAGAAACGUCGAACGGAAAGUGCGGGAGUGCCGUUUAAAUCGAGUAUAGACAGAACCCUUGACCGGCAGAGAGAGAAAUUUAUCUAUCAAUGCAGCAUGCAUCACAAAUUGAACAGCACUCGCUGAUAUCCGCGCGAUGAUAUUUCAUAAUGCAGCGAGAUUUUCGGAGCAAAAAGGAUGUAAGCACGGAAUAUUUUAUCACCUCCACGUAUUACCCUAUUUCGCAACGAUACACACACUCGCGCAAGAUUGCCAAUGAAUACUUUAUAAAACUAAUCCCAGAUGGCUGAUAUUACUUUUUAUUCACUCCUUUCUUCGGAUAUAUAUACAUAUAACUUUUUCGAUGUUCUGUAUCUGCGCUGUGUUAUUGUUUAUCUAACUGAAGUUAGCCGUGCGAGUUAUACUCGCGUUACCGUUCGCAAAAGGCAUGUAUCUGAAGUGGAUUUUUGUAAUAAAUAUAUAUAUAUAUUGUGUGUGUAAAAGGUUUUACGUAUGAACUUUUAUGAAUAUUUAUCAACAAUGUGCCA